AUGACUACACCAUUAUUCAUCCAACGUCCUAUUCUUCCUAUCAAAUCUACGAUUUCAAGAAAUGGUCUUUCUUUGCGUAUUAUGACCUACAACGCUUUGGCACAAUGUUUAGUACGAAGAGAUUUGUUCCCAGAAAAUGGGAAUGGCGUUAAAUGGAAAUUCCGUGGUCCUGCUUUAGAGUCUGAACUUAUGAUCUACAAACCCGAUAUUUUAUUUCUACAGGAGAUUGAUCUUGCUAAAUACAAAACAUUUUGGGUUCCUAUUUGUGUCAAACUUGGACUUGAAUCACACUUUUCAACCUACCCCGGUAAACAUCAUGGCCUUGUCGUUGCUUACAGCAAAAAACAUUUUAUUCUUAAAGAAAAGAAUGAGUUUUUUUACGAUGGACUGCCUACGUCUGCUAAUGGAUCUAGCCUGCUUGUGCCUAUGAACUCUCUUGAGACUAAAAACUCUGGUAUAGUUCUUGCACUUGAAGUCAACAAGCAAAACAAUUCUGACCAAAGCUCAUUAAAUGAUAAAGCUUUUGAUACAGUCAAUGAAGGAAUUGUAAUUGCUACAACACACUUAUAUUGGCAUCCGUUUGGUUCAUUUGUUCGAGCUAUUCAAUGUGGCCAGUUGAUUGAUAAAGUUAUCAAGUUUUCAACUCGCGAAACAUCAAAUUACUCUCAAUGGCCAAUAUUUAUUGGAGGUGAUUUUAAUAGCUCUCCAGACGACUUGCCGUAUCAAUUUUUAAUUACUCAGCCACACUCUCCGUCAGACAUAAAUAAAACCACAAGAGACAUUGCUGUUAAAAGCUUGCUGUAUCUUUACAAUAAGUAUGGAGCUGAAAAAGAACAACAAGAGCCAGAAACAUUUAAGAGGGAAGAAAUGGUGCAAGCUGUUGACGAUGAAGGUGUGGUUACUGCUCUUGAUCCCGAAUACAUUGACAAAUGUAUUGCUUCAAUUUUACCUUUUUACUGGACCGAAAAUUCCGACAGAACACCAGUGAAGUAUCGAGCUGAAAGUUUAUACGGAGAACAUUACCGCAAAGUUGAUCCCGAAAAUAGCAAAACUCAUAACCCAGACUUCCACGAGCCUGAGUUUUCAAAUUGGGCACAUACUUGGCAAGGUUUGUUAGACUACUUGUUUUUGCUAGAAAAUGUAGAGGCCUGUGAAGGUGAUCCAAAGAAAAGAGUGCUAGUUAAAGAGCUUCUUAAGAUGCCUACAGGAAGUGAGAUCGGCGAAGCUGGGCAGCCCCGAGUUGGCGAGUAUCCUAGUGAUCACUUGUGUUUGAUGGCGACUGUGGAAAUUUAA